AAAGACUUGUCUUGCCUCUCUUCAACUUCAUCGGUAGUGUCAUAGUUACAGCAGCAAUCAGUUUCUUCAAGAAGGUAAAACAUAUCAUGGAGGCCAAGGAAUUUGAAGGAAAAAACGAGUGCGUUAAGGCCGAGUGGUGACAGGCAGCGAGUCCACAUUUGUGCCGCUUUUCACGUUGUUUCGCUCUUGCUAGAAACAUAAAGUAACUACCAUCCUGUUUGUCUCGGCCUUCAUUUGUGCGCGAGGCUGCUUCUCUUCCACAGAUUGCUUCAAGGAGGAUCAUCAGUUUGAAGAAGAUAUUGUUGCUUCCUAAUCUCAGCUUUAAGAAAGUGAGCACUUGGACUUUUAGUUAAGUUGAUUUAAUCUGUAAAAAUCAUGGGACAAGUUCAACUCUUUCCACCAAACUCAAUACAACAAGCUCGCCCCUGCUUCGCCCGGCUUUUAAUAGUCAAGUACGAUAUCAACUAAGGCACAAGCACUUGAUUCCUGAAUAGGCUGUUCAAGAGAUGAAUUGUUUACUAUUUGGAUCGAAGGGUCCACCGGUGAAGCGAAGAGAUGGUUUGAGGAUACAACAGGCAGGUCGAAUUUCGUACAGAGGUAGUUAGGCUGGUAAUUUUGGCAAUUCUGUGUCUCAGUAAACAUUUUUUUUGUCCAUCAAGAACACUGUGAUUUCGGUGAAAAUCGCUACUGCAUGGGGAAGAUCACUUUAAGUGAAUUUCUCAAGAGUCUAUGCCAUAAUUCAUGCUGGAUAUAUGCAAUCUUUUGGAAGAUUCAACAUGAAAAUCAGAUGUUCCUAUCAUGGGAAGAUUGGUACUGCGAUUAUCUGAAAGUGAGAGCAUUGACGGGAAAUUCUCCCCAUGAACUGUCCGCAGAUGGGAAUCAAUUCCUAUCCUUUGAUAAUGAUGGUGGCAUUAUUGACAGAACUGCAAGUCAGAUAGCUUUCGCUGUGGCUAGAACAUCAUGUCUCAAGUACAAACCGGGAGAAGGAAUAAUUGGUGAAGUGGUCUGCACAGAGAGCCAUUGCUGGGUAUCAUUGGAUGAUGUGUUGGUCAUUCACUGCAAAUCAGAGACACCUUUCAAUAUUCCAGAUGAAUGGUUGCCCCAGAUUUCAGCUGGUGUUAAGACUAUUCUAGUAUUACCUCUUCUUCCACAUGGAGUUUUGCAGCUUGGUUCACAUGAAAAGGUUCCGGAAAUUAAGGAGGCGGUGGAUCACAUCAAAUCAAUGUUUAGUUCGACUGGCUAUGAACAGGUGCGAUAUGCACCUUUGACACCAAAUAAGAAUCCGACUCCCUCAUUGUCUUCCCUAAUGCCAUUUCUCUUGGAUAACAUGGAUGGAUCCUCGCUUAUAGAUAGUAUCUAUGCAAGUGGUACGCAGUUUGAAGGCCUGGAGAAUGGUGCCAAAGCAAAUCGAGACAGAUUGACUACUUGUCAAGUCAUAGAUCAGCUAGAAAAUCUCCAACAAGCUGAUGAUAGCGAGACUCUUGUUCUACCAAAGGGCCUUCCUGAAAUAUCAAGUUUACCAUGUCAACCUGUUGAUGCCAACCACACGGAAAUAGUGGAUCAUAACGAUUUGUGGUUUUCUGGUAUGGUUGAAGACUUGCUUGUCUUCUCUAAAUCUCACAACCUUGGGAUUUCCAGAGAGUUUUCUCAUGGAUUAUCAGAUUCCUGCGCCGCCAAUGAUACUUCCGAAUGGUCGCUCAAAAGCACGGAUGCUGAUCAUGCAGAUCAUGAGCCUACAAGCAAUAUGUUUAACUUUCCCACAGAUUGCGAGCUGCACAAAGCACUCGGACCAUCUUUCCAGGGACAGGCACUUGAGACAUCCGUCUUAUUUGAAAAUGCAUUCAGCGACUCCCAGAUGAGUCACGAAGUGGAUUACUUCUAUGAUGUCGAGAGAUCAGUCGAGUACCUUUCCAAAGAUGAUGCCGAGUUUCUGUUGGAAGCCAUCAUUCCAAACAGAUAUGUCAGGUCACAGUCUCCUUCACCUAGCGAGUCAAACAUUACCAAGUUAACAGUCUUAUCAAGGCAAUCAGAUACCUCCUCUAACGCACUCAAUAUUCUCGAAGGAAGAACUUCGGGCAAAAAUGUCUCUGCUGUGGUUACUUAUUGUAAAGACAGAGUUAGCGUUCCGUCUUCUCCAGUUUCCAUGAAGAGCACGACGAGAUCAUUAAUUAAGAGGGAGUGCUGGGAUGAAGUGGAUGAUCCAGCACUGGACAGAAAGGGAGAGAAGCCAUUAUCGGGCUAUAAAAAGAGGAGCAGAAAAGGUGACAACAAAAAGCCUAGACCAAGAGACAGACAGUUGAUCCAGGAGCGACUCCGCGAACUUCGCAUACUUGUCCCCAGCAGCAUGAAGUGUAGCAUAGAUAGCCUCCUAGAACGGACGAUAAAGCACAUGCUCUUCCUGAGAAGGGUGACUCUUCAGGCAGAGAAGCUGACAAAAUUGGAAACCUUUGAGCAAAAGGUCAGUCUACAAGAUAACAAAAAUAAGUGGGAAUAUGGACCUUUUAGUGGCGGUUUCCACGGAAGAACUAACUUGGCUGUCAAAAGUGGAGGCGAGUUCCAAGCCUGCCCUGCACCUAUAGCUGUUGAAGAUCUUAAUCAACCAGGGCACAUGCUCAUAAAGGUGAUAUGCAAUGAACAAGGGCUAUUCUUGGAGAUUGCUCAGGUGAUCACACGUCUAGAGUUGACGAUUCUUAAAGGAAUAUUUGAGAACCACUCCAAUGAUACCUGGGCCUGUUUUGUUGUUGAGGCUUCCAAGGACUUUCAAAAGAUGGAUAUCUUCUGGCCACUGAUGCAACUUCUGCGCUGCACAAGAGCUAAAGUUUCAAGCAAGACAUGAUGCACUGCCGUAAUGGGCAAUGACAUGCAGGACUUUUGCUGCUAAUCGUCUGCAACCAGAGGGUCAUAACAUCCUCAAUGUGAAUGCAUGUAACCUAAGCAGAUGAAGCAAUACAAUGUGUACGAAUCAAACUAGAAAUCAAUAAGAGUUUGGAUGUUGUGUGCAAAGAA